AUGUCAACUGCCAAACGUGUGCAGACUUUAAACAGCAAUCUCGAGAGGAAUGUAGGUGUCUCUAUGGUUAAGACGCGAUUUUACCACAAGGCAAUCGAACUGGAAAAAGAAACUAACUUUACGCGGAUAGAAAUAGAGGGACUGCUGCGCAUAUACGACAAGGUUGUUGUGAAAUACCGUUCUCCCAUCAAUCGAACAGUGUUUAACGACAUUCUCUUCAAUUUCUUCGACUUCACCAACGAGGCCAUGAUGGAAAGGAUUUUUCGAGCGCUGAUGCAGUCCUCCACCAAAACCGUGCUCUCUCGCGAAGACUGGAUCCACGCGUUGAACAUCUUCCUGCGCGGCUCCUUUAUGCAGGUGACGAACUUUGCCUUCACCGUCUACGAUCAUCACCAGCGCGGCCACCUAACGAAGGAAGAUGUGCAGUUCUUUCUGCGUGACGUGCUUACUGCAAAGCUGCCAGAGGAGGAUGCAGAGGAGCUGAAGUCCGACAUGGUCGAUAUGGUGAUAGCCCUCUUUGAUAAGGACAAGGAUGGAGUAAUAAGUAGAAAGGACUUUGUGACCUCAGUAGUGUCGGAACCACUUCUCAUAGAGGUACUUGGAGAGUGUUUACCAACGAGCAAAUCCAUUCUGGCUCUGGAAUCUCUAAUCAAACAGAUUAACCGGCGGGGCCAACCAUCCGAAUAA